UCUGUACAUUUUUUGCUCGCUUUCAUUUUUAUCUCGCUCACCGAUCUUGUGUUGUGCAAUUUCGUAAAACGUGCUCGGGAGUUUUCAAAGUCCUUGGCCCCCGCUGCCUAUCUCUCCCUGUGAUCAUCUUUCUCGAACAAACAACGUAAGAACAUAGUCAUAGAGAGGACAAAGUUUAGCAACGGUUAGCCCUUCCUUGACAAGUUUAAUAUAAGAUCAAUAUUUUUUGCAUUUGAAGCAACCAGUUUAUAAGUAAAACUAACUGAAACGAAUUUAAAACCAAUCGAACAAUAUGGAAGAGUAUGCCCGAGAACCUUGUCCGUGGAGAAUUGUUGAUGACUGUGGUGGAGCUUUCACAAUGGGCGCUAUUGGAGGUGCUCUAUUUCAAGGAAUCAAAGGAUUUAGAAAUGCCCCAAGUGGAAUGUCCAGAAGAUUUGCUGGAAGUCUGGCAGCAGUGAAACAAAGAUCACCAAUUCUAGCCGGAAAUUUUGCGGUUUGGGGUGGAGUGUUUUCAUCAAUAGAUUGCACUUUAGUUUACUUAAGACAUAAAGAGGAUCCAUGGAAUUCCAUAAUCAGUGGAGCAGCCACAGGGGGUAUACUCGCUGCACGAAACGGUGUACCGGCAAUGGCAGGCAGCGCGUUGAUUGGCGGCGUUCUUUUAGCUCUUAUUGAAGGUGUAGGUAUUCUAUUCACAAGGCUGACAGCAGAACAAUUUCGACAGCACGGCCCAUUCGAAGACCCAGCCUCACUUGGUUUUCCUGGCGGCGGGAACCCACAGAACUAUCAGUGAACCUAGUAAAUCCUUGAAUCAAAUUCUGUUAUACCUGGUAUAUUUUUAGUCACAGUAAAAAUUACGAGUGCGCUUUUGCAGGGUUGUUCACUCACUGUAUAUAAUGUUAUUAUUUUUUCAAUUUUUUCCCCCUGAACUAUGGGAAUAGUUCUGUUUUAUUUUAAAUACUUUUGCUGCAACUUGCCUUCAUCCAAGAGCUGAAAUUGUUUUCGCUAAAAUGCAAGCAAGAAAUGAGGGGAAAUAUUUUGUAUGUGCCUCUAUUUCUGAACAGCUUGUCACAUGCAGUCUUCCUAAGUAUUGAAGAGAAAAACUUUUAUGAACGUGACGCUAAAACUAAUGUCUCCCCUGUGAAUCAUUCUAUGACUUUGAAGCAGAAUAAAUGUCUCUCCAUUGAACUGCAAAAAAUUAUUUAGCGCACUAAUAUCUUUCCACCAAUUUUUUAAUGUGACUGAAUAAUUUCGUUGCCAUCUUUUCGUCCAUGUCGAAUUUGUUGUCCAACUUUUGGAGUGCAACAAAUCUUACAUCGUUUCCAUAUUCAUAGAAUCUUGAUGAGAGAUACAAGAUGCCCCAAUGUCGUGUAUUUUAAUUCACUCUUCAAGUAGGCCAUCUUCUUAGUGUGAACGUAUAUUUCAUGUUAUCAAAGAGCUUGGUAAUUCAAAGCAGCAGAAGUGUUUACUAUUUUUGAUCAUGGUCUCAACAAUUUUUUAUUAUCUACGUCUAGUUUCUAAAAUGUCCAAAUGCAUGAAAAUUUACACCAUUUGUCUAUGUAUUUCAUUUAACCGUGAAACCAUACCUUGUCUGUCAAUUUUCAUCAAAUUAUUAUGAGAAAAGAAAACUUGUUUGGCAAUUAAGACUCUCUUGUAAAAUCGUUCCACGUUUCGCUCUGUGCUCGUAAAACAGAUAUAAACUUGAUUGAGUUGACUGGGAGCACUUUUAAAAGUCAACAUUUCUUGAUGCUAUCAAAUUGUGUAGUUUCCCACACUUAACAACGUAUCUAUAUCGUUUUGGUAAUCUCACUAAGUUUCAAUUUUUUUCUUGGAGAAGUAUCGCAUGAAUUUUCCUGAAAUUUCCAGUGCUUUUUACACUCAUGAAAAAGACCACCGAAAGUUUCAGACAAAUCUAAGCAAUGGUCUUCCCAUGAAAAAUCAUUAGUCUGUUAAGUUUCUGAAACAAUGCAGACAAAAGAUGUUCUUUUGUUUAGGAUACGGCGAUUUGUGGAUAAUUCUAGGAAUAUGAUGCAGUUUAAUUUUGCUCACUAUUGACUCAUAUCAGUUUUCUCUCUUUGAGUUUUAAAUCUUGUCCAAGCGCUUUCAGAUUUCUUUCGUAACCGUACAUAUUAUUACUCACCACUGUGAUUUAAGUUGGAUCUCUUUUUCCGCUAAAAAUUAAAUUUUGUUUUUUGGUGUCCCUCACUACUGUUUAGCUCGAAAGAACCGAUGACCUUUCCAUGAAAACUGACCAUUACAGGGAAUUUCAUCCUGAGUAGAUUCCUUAUUUUUACUAUGACUCUGGUUUGUUAUGCAUUACUGCAUUGCUCUUAAAACUCACUCAGCAAAAAGAUGUAAUACUGAAACUAAGUGUAAGUGGGACUCUAGUCUCAUAAUUUGCCUUAGAAAUCAGUAAAUUUUUCUGAAUCACAUUUGUAAGUCUUAGAUCUAUAAGGGGCAUCACUAUCUUCUCAACUUCGCCAAUAUCCUUGAAGAAAGAUCGCUGUUGCAGCAUACCAAGGUUUUGCCAGUUUUCCAUCCUCUGUACGAACGAAUAUAUGUAAAAACGUCAAUAUUCUUUGGUCUGAGAUUUAUGAUCUGUGAAAUUUUGUUGUUUUGAAAUAAAAUUUUUCACAAAUAUA